CUCAUUAAAAAACUUCUUGUGACCAAAAAAUGAGUGUUACUUUUUAUUGAAGGAUUAUAUUUUAUCAUGAGAUUGUUUCUUACUUUCUACUUCUGUAUAUUUUCUUGCUACUUCAAAGCAGUCUCAUGUAUUUAUGAAGCAAACUGUUCAAACUUGUUGAUGGGACAAUAUCUAUGUAUUGGUCCUGAUAUUGAUCCUAAAACUCAACAGCCUAAAAAUUGCCAGAAGAAUAAUCUUGCCAAAGUUACAUGUGUCACUGCCAAUGGAAUAAUUUGUAAACCUGGGACUGGAAUAAAUGAAACAACCUUUGAAAAAGAUUUUGAUUGUCGAUUUACGAAUGGAUACUCUUUUGAAACUGCAUUGUUAUUAUCACUGUUUCUUGGCAUGUUUGGCAUUGAUCGAUUCUAUUUAGGUUACCCUGCUAUAGGUCUUGCCAAAUUAUGUACGUUGGGAUUUAUGUUUCUUGGCCAGUUAGUUGAUAUCAUACUGAUAGCUCUUCAAGUUGUUGGACCUUCUGACGGUUCGCAUUAUGUGAUUAAUUACUUUGGCCCUCGACUGACUAUAUUAAAGAGGGAUAAUGAAACUUAUGUCAUGCCUCAAGAUGAUUGGUGAUUGUAUUUUACUGGAAUGUAGAUCAGUGUAAAUAUGUAAUUAUUUUAAUGUUAUUAAAAAUUAUUUUUAUUAUUUAA